UGGUCCUGGCGAUGUAAACAAGUGUAACCACAAAAACGAAGACGAACUACACAAUGGUGACAUGAGAAUGAAAGGGGGAAAAGAACAAUGAAAAUACCAAAAAGAAAACUAUUCCUUUUUAUAAUUUUUGCUUAUGUGUUAUUUUCACUAUAUGCAGCGUAUAAUGUCUUCUUUAGUAAUAAAGUAAUUUCACGCGUUCACAGGGUGACAAAGAAAGAGUCACCAGCGGGUGUUGCCAGGGACAGUGGUGCAGUCGCCCCAUUAGCUGAUGCGUGGAAUCCGUGGGAGGAUGAAGAGGUGGAGUACAACUCUGCCCUGAACAAGAAGAGAGAGGCCUUUAAAAAACAUCUACAUCGAAUCGAUAGGAAUAAACCCAAAAGAUACAAGGUCCAGGUCUGGGGAAAGGCCGCCAUAGGGCUUUAUCUUUGGGAACAUAUUUUAGAAGGACCUCUUAACCCCACUGACAAAGUAGCACAAUGGAGAGAGGGAGAGCUACAGUCAGGAAAAGUCGAUUUCAGUUUCUACACAGGUCCAGCAGUUGUCCAAGGUCAUGUCCCACUGGAUAUGAACAGUCUUGUUGUGGUUCUGAAUGGCCGCGAACAGCAAAAAGUCUCUUACUCCACACGCUGGUUGGAGCAUGUUCAAGCUCUGGUGCAAUCCCGUACUGUAUCACAUGUAGCUGUGGUCCUGCUUGGCAAUGAGCAUUGCAACAAUGACUGGAUUGGCCCAUACCUGAAGAGAAAUGGUGGAUUUGUGGAUCUUCUUUUUGUAGUCUAUGACAGCCCCUGGGUAAAUGACAAAGAUGUCUUCCAGUGGCCUCUCGGUGUUGCUACGUACAGGCAGUUCCCUAUGAUCAGACCUAAUGCACAACUGAUUACCUCCAGCAGACCAUACCUCUGUAAUUUCCUAGGGACUGUGUACAAAAAUUCAUCCAGAGAAACGCUGAUGCAGGUUCUACAACAGUCAGGCCUGGAAAAGGAGUGUAUCACCAGUGCCAGAGAGAACUGGCUUCCUCAGGAGACAGCAGACAGUCUGAAACGCUAUCAGACAGCUCUGGCCCAGAGUGAGCUCACUCUCUGCCCCGCUGGAAUCAAUACAGAGUGCUACCGUAUCUAUGAAGCCUGCUCUUAUGGCUCAGUGCCUGUUGUGGAAGAUGUGAUGACACCUGGAAUGUGUGCAUCUGGGCCCAGCUCUCCACUACGUCUGCUCAAAACUGCAGGAGCACCAUUCAUCUUCAUUACUGAUUGGAAAGAACUGCCCGCCAUCCUAGAGAGAGAGAAGACCAUGAACCAGGAGCAGAAAAUGAACAGGAGGAGGAGGCUGUUAGAGUGGUACGCCACAUUUAGGCAACAGAUGAAAGAGAGGUUUACGGAGGUCAUUGAGGAAACUUUCUUCAAAAAUAUCUGAAAGUAGAACUGAAAACAAAUAUUCUUUUUAAGAAAACACUUAAUGGUUGAUUAGUUUCUUUGUUACAGAGAAAUGUGAUGUACUACUGAUAUGUGAUGUACAGUGUAAUAACUGUUCAGGAUAUUAUUCAGUUUUAUAUGUGGUAAUAUUUCAAAGCUGACAGAAAUGCAUUACUUUAUAUUUAUUUAAAUGUUUACAUUUGUGACUGGGCAUUUAAAGAUCACGAUAAAUGAGCUGUCUUUGAUUUUUAAAUUCUCUGCAGUAUUCAAACUAUGUUUUUUUAUCUCUGUUUGUAUGAACCUAGUAUUGUGGUUUUUGAGGAAAAAUUUAUAUUCUAGAAAAUGUUUUUGAAUUUUAUUUAAAAAAUGUACAUGAAUCUAUUUUGUAUUGUGAGUUGGUAGAAAAUGGUAGUUGUUUGUGUGGCAUGAGUCACCUCUGUGGUAAAGAUGGCAAAUUUCAGUGGUGUGUUGCAUGUAUCUUUCCUUAUGUGCAAUAAAGUAGGAUGGAGUGUUGUGGC